AGGAUGCAACAUCCAACAGCAUGUGCGCAUGCGUCCCUCCUAUGUAGAUCAACGUGCAGAGAUUCCGCAGACAGAGAAACAUGUCGAUGAAGUCGCUGUAAUUUCUCCUCUACUGGCGUCUUUUCUGUCAGCAAAAUGUACGAGGAGGCCGGAGAAGUGUUCGACAUUUUCCGGGGCGUGUUUCCCAUCUCGUUCUUGUUGUUCGUGCCGGCUGUGCUGAUCAUCGUGUCGCCCGAUCCGGUGGAGGCGGCGCACGAGUUCUCCGUCUACCGCAUGCAGCAGUUCGACCUCCAGGGGACGAGCUAUGGAUGCAGAAACGCCAUUGUGAACAUGGAGGCGCGGUCUCUUGGCGCCAGCAUGCUGACACGGCGCUGCGUCGUCACGCGGCUAGCUGACCUGACUGUGGACAAGUUCAAGGACCUGGUUGACCAGUCAGCAGGGGCCGUCUUGGUGCUCCUGCCUAAUGACUUGUCCACUGUCCCCAAGGAGAGUUUGGAGGAGUUUAUAGAACUUGAACACGACCUGAUGGACCAGGAUGUCAACACUCCUGUGUACUUUGCUGUGGAAGACAACACCCUGACCAAGAUCUAUGCAGCGAUCCAGGAUGGAUCCAACACUGACAAGGCCGCCACUGCCACUGAAGCUCUGCUGCAUGCUGCCUCAGCCAACGGGUUCCAGAUGGUCACUACAGCAACACAGGCCACGCCCAUCAAGGAUGCACAGAUCACCAGCAUCCAGGGGAAGCUGUCAGGGCUGGGAAUAGAGGAACAUCUGCCAACUGUGGCCAUUGUGGCUCACUAUGACACUUUUGGGAUUGCCCCACACCUGUCCUACGGUGCAGACAGUAACGGCAGUGGAAUGGUAGCACUGCUGGAACUGGCACGCCUCUUCUCCAAGCUGUACGACAACCCCAAGACACAUCCAAAAUUUAACCUCCUGUUCCUGCUGUCUGGAGGAGGGAAGUUUAACUACCAGGGAACCAAACGGUGGAUCGAGGAUAACCUGGACCAUACAGAUGGCAGCCUACUGUCGGAGGUGUCCUUUGUUCUGUGUCUGGACUCGGUUGGUUCGGGAGACAGCCUGUUCCUCCAUGUGUCCAAACCUCCCAAGGAGGGCUCUGCACUACAUUCUUUCUUGGAGGAGCUCAAGACUGUCCUGGAGGCCCAGUUUUCUGCUGUAAACUUCACCAUGGUGCACAAGAAGAUCAACCUGGCGGAGGACCUGCUGGCGUGGGAACACGAGCGCUUCAGUAUCCGCCGCCUGCCUGCCGCCUCGCUGUCACACUUCCCCACACACAGGGCCAUGGAGAGGCAGAGCAUCACCGACCAGAAGUUCCAGGUGGACACGGGUGUUCUGACCAGGAACAUUAGGGUGCUGGCCGAGGCACUGGCCAGACACAUCUACAACCUCACUGCCAAGGGGCAUGAUGGCUCAAUGGAGAUCUUCCAGGAUGGAUUGAACCUCCAUCCGAAGUCGAUCGAGGCGUGGUUGAACCUGGUGACGUCACAGCCCCGGGCGGCCCAGCUGAUCGGGAAGGACCACACCCUGCUCAGCACCAUGGAGCAGGCCAUGAACGGCUACCUCAAGGACGUGCGCAGGCUCACCUUCAAACCUGACAAACGAGACCCAGAGUUUGUCUUCUACUCUGCAAUGCAGACUACUAUGAAUGCUUACAAUGUGAAGCCAGCUGUGUUUGACCUGUUCCUGGCAGUGGGGAUUGCUGUGUACCUGGGUCUGGUGUACGUGGCCAUCAUUAACUUCCACUUCUUGUACAACUUUGUCACAAGCAUCAACACCAUCAAGGUCAAAGUCAAGCACCAGUGAAGGGGUCACGACACCAGAAGCAAGUGUACAUGUAGACCAGGAAAUGGACAAAAAGCUGCUGUGUCCUAGAUGCAUGUUUUAGGCCACAAUGUAUGUAAUGUUACAUGUAUAUCUGUGACACACCAAAGGGCCAGAAUGUACCAUAUAUAUGCAUGUUCUUGAUUACCAAAUGUUUCAGAAAUUAGCAAUGCAGUAUUUGAUUUUUCAGGGAGAACUGAUAACAGUUUAACUGUUACUUGUGUGUUUGAGGAAGGGUUGAGAGAGGUUUAGUAUGCAUGGAUGUAGAUGAUGCUAGUGAGGUUAUUGGAAGUAGUAGUGCAUGAGAUAUGUCAUUCCCAAUAGGGUUACAGGCAAUGUGAUAACUUGAUAUGAAUGGCCCAAGGUAUAUGCCAGCUUUAUUCACACUGGCCAUGGUUAAGGCCCAGUGUGCAGACCCCUCACACAUAGUUGCUAUCAACCACAUUGUAAGUUUGAUGGCUGUUUGACCCCUUUCUAGCAUGGCCUUACCUGUAAUAAGUGUACCAUAAAUUUGACUGAAAUGUGAUAGAAGAUUGGAACUGCUUAUCUGAUUUAUAGAAAUUUCCUUCCAGGGUGGGGCAUUUUUUAGCACAAGUUCAAAAACACACUUGAUAUUAGUUCAGAGGUUCACAUGUCAGUUACUGCUUGGUAAGGAUGACUGUGAUGUUUUGUGCAAUUUUUUGCUGGCUGUACAAGGGACAAAAUAAUGUCGCAAAUGCUCCAGACAUCUUAGACUCUAGACUUUAUGAAGUUAUGUCAGGCUUGCUUGCCUCUAUGAUGGUAGGAUACCUCCAGCCUGGUAUCUUCCUUUUCACUCCAACAGUUGCUCCCUUCAAAAUGGAAGUGACCAUUGGAGCAAAUUGGAGAUACAACUUCAUAAGGAAUGUAUACCAGGCUAGCACAACUCUUGUGUAUGUAAAAGGAAGCUUUUGGUGCCAGGUACUAAUACUAAUAGCACUAUGUGUAAAUUCCAUGGAAUGAAUUGAAUGCGAAAACCCCAGUUUAUGUAAAGCAGGGAAAUAAGCCGUUAGUCAAGUAGAGACUGGUAGCCUGUAUUAGAAUGCAUGUCAUGAAUUUGUCAAAACAGCAAUGACUCUGGUGCAUGCUGUGCUGAAGUUGAAUAUGUUUUUGUACAGUUGAAGAAGUAACAAUAAAAAUAAGAAUGAAACUG